AUGGCAUACAAAGGAAAACAGGCACUUGUCAAAAUGAAAGGUCGUGUGCUUGAGUUGUCAAUGAUGGUUACUUCCUUGAAGCAUGAGGCUUUCCAUAAGAACCUCGAGUGUCCUGUCUGCCUGAGCUUCUUCAAGGAACCCAAGAUCCUGACCUGCUCCCAUACCUUCUGCAAGGGAUGUCUUGAGACUCUCCUGGAGUCUCGAGGAAAGCUGUUGUGUCCUACGUGCAGGGAGGAGACUUCGGUUCCUGGUGGAGACGUGGGUAGACUGCAAUCAAACAUAACAGUCAGAUCACUUGUUGAAGAUGUGGAGGCCCAGGGCCAGGUCGGUUCCAACAGAAAUCAAGAAAACGAAUCAUUUCAAAGAAAAUGGAACAAAUGUCGAAAACAUCCGAACUACGAUGAAGAAUGUUUUUGUCUCAACUGUAUGAAGCAUGUCUGCUGCAAGUGUGGCAUAUCAGAGCAUGCAAAGGAUGCUCACACUAUCCUUGAAGCAGGCGAACAUGAAACUGAUCAAAAGAAUCACGUCGAGAAACUUGCAUCUAAAGCAGAUGCAAAGAUACGCAACGUUGACAUGUAUGUUACUCUCGUUGAAGACCAGCGUAAAAGGGUGCAUAGCAUACAGGAACGACUCAAUGAUGAAAUAGAUGCGACUUUUGAGGAAUUAGUUGAGAAAUUGAAGGAAAGAAAGACAGUGUUGAAAAAUGAAAUUGAGCACAAGCUAGGGAAACUUAAGACUUUAUUGGGAGACGUAGAGAAGUCGAUUCGUAAGCAGAUAGACGAGAUUAAGAAGGUUCUAGACUUGGUAAAGGAUGGUCUUAAUUUUCCUCUCCAGACAGAGGCUCUGACCGCACAUAAAGCGAUGUGUCAACAGCUGGAAGAGCUUCUAAACAAGGUUGGGCCAGAUGAGGAGCUGCCCAGAAGAACUGCUGAGGAAGGUGAAAUAAUUGGCUUCAGGAGUCAGGGAUCGGAUGAACUCCAGUUGGGCCACCUAAGACAAAAGGAGUCUAAAUGGGUUCUGCGCACGGAAGCUCCCCUGCCUGAUGGGAAAAGCAUGAGCGGGAUGGUAAUAUCACCAAACAAUGAGAUGGCUGUUGGUUGUGACGAGGGAGGAAUAGUUAUAUAUUCUUCUGAGGGCAUCAUACAAGAUACCGUUCUGAAAUCUGUUAAAGUUCAUGCCUUACAUGUCAUGCCUGAUGGUGGAUACGUCAUACGCGACACUGAUAACAUAAUUUCCUUGUACACAGAGCUUUGUGAAAAGCUUGAUGUAACGUUUGAGACAAUAGAUAUUACUAAAGGUAUAUAUGGCGGUCUCACUGUGGGCAAGGAUGGGCUGAUCUUCAUAGGUUACAAUGAAUGCCAGAAAAUACAGGUAUUUAAGCCAGAAGGGGGGAAGGCAUUACGAGAGAUAACGUGUAAGGGAUUUGUACCACGCCGGAUAUUUGCGAUGACAUCCAGUCAAGCAAUUGUCGUUGAGAGUACAUGUAGUCUCAGCUAUCAGUGUCAUGCGAUGUGUCUGGUGCUAUCAUUCAUAGCAUCCGCAAAGAAGAUGGUUAUAUCCCUUACCCUGCUGUGUGUCAGGAUGAUUCAGUUAUCAUUGCAUGGGUUAAGCGCGAUCAGGAUCUGCUGA